AUGGCGUACAACCAUCGGAUGAGCAUGGCUGGCUCCCAGCAGCCCCACAAUCGGUCUCGCAAGAAGGAAGACGACAAUGACGCAUUGAUGCGACUGCCCGAUAAAGAGAUCGCAGGAUGUAUCAACGAUAUUGGAAUUCCUUUCACCGCGGCCGACUUGAUCAAGCCCAACGCCCAACAGAUCCAGAUGGUGUUCGAAUGGUUCGCAGAGCUUCUCAUGAACAUUACACGCGAGACGGUCGAGCCGGCGAUGCAUGCGGCCGCCGAGGAUCUUUGCGGAGACUACCCCGACAUCGUCCCAAAUGACACACGCAACCUGAUGGGAUUCUUCAUGAGCAUUCGGACACUAUUAGCAGAGUGCGGCGUCAAUGACUUCGCCUUCACCGAUCUAACGAAACCAACCCACGAUCGACUCGUCAAAAUCUUCUCCUACCUGAUCAACUUUGUUCGUUUCCGCGAGUCCCAAACCCCCGUUAUCGACGAACAUUUCAACAAGACCGAGAAAACCAAGGCGCGCAUUGAUCAGCUCAUGGCAGAGAACCAAGAGAUGGAGCUACGCCUGGCCGAAAUGCGACGAGGUCAACAGGCUAACGAGAUUCAAGUCCGAGAGAAAGUGGCCCGAAAUGAUGAGCUCAAAGCACGGCUUUUAGAACUAGGGCGUGAGCAGUCGCGGGUAGCGGAGACACUCGACCGAGUCAAGAGCGAGAGGGCGCGGCGCCAGCAGCAAUUGGAGGAGAAGACAGAAAGAACAGUACGGAGUCGCCAAGAAGCAGAAAAGCUACGACCCUAUGUGCUCGAGUCACCGGCUACUCUGCAGUCUUCCCUGUCCGAGCUGGCUGAGAAUUUGAUGCGUGAAAAAGCCCAAAUUGACGCGAUGGAACGGCGCGCACGGGCUCUCCAGACAUCUUCGGAUACCUUCACUGUGGUUUCCAAUGACGUGCAAGCAUGCGUCAAACUUCUUGAGGAUAUUUCCACCGAACUACAGAAAGAGGAUGAAGAAGAAGCUCGCGCUGCGCGCAACAAAGACGCUAUUUCGGAUAAGGGAAACACCGUGCGCGAGGUCGAGCAGACGGAGAAGCUCCUGCAGCGGCAAUUACUUCGUUGGCAGGAACGAAUCGAGGCGCUCCGCAAAACGGCACAGGAAAAGGCAGAGGUCGCACAGAUUCGGAUGGAGGAGCUCCGCCAGGUCCAGAAACAGCUUCGAGAAGAGCGUGCAGAGAAGCAGCGUGAUAUGGAACGUAGGCGUAUCCGUAUUGAGCAGACGGAGAAGAAGAUGGUCGAUCUCAAGGAGAACAUCGAGAGCGAGGUUCAAGCGGCCCACGACCAGUAUCUCAAGCUGGAGUCACACAUCAAGCUCUACAUCACCGAGAUGGAGAAGUCGCUAGGAUGA